CCAUAAACAAGCAUUUCAAAAGUAUCUGUUAACCCGUCGAGGCAAAGAAGUUAGAAAAUGAAAAUCUUACACGUAAAACUAAAAGCGCAGUUGAUUCAAUAUUUAAAAGCGAGUCUUGCGUGGAGAAGUAAAUGCUUCGGCAUCCUGAGAAUUCUGACGUCCCGGAAUCUUGAACAGUUGAUACCUUUCAAUUUUUUUGAGCACGGAGUCACCGACAGUGAGAGUAGCGAUGGAGGAGAAGGAUAUGGAUUAUGUUCUGGUGCCUUUGGACGAACAGUGAUUGGCCUGAACGCCGAGAGCCGACAUCAAUGGGUCUUCUCUAUGAUGGCUGAUCCACUGAAGAAUGGUGUAUUAGCAGUUCAAACAAUUCGCAACAAUAUAAUGGCAUCGACUCUUCUGGCUACAACUGCUAUCACUCUCAGUUCCAUAAUCAGCGUAUUUGUGAGCAGCACUUCAAACACAAACUCAAAUCAGUUAAUAUACGGCAAUAAAACAUCCCUUUUAUCUUCAGUCAAGAACAAGAUGGCUGCUAAUUAA